UGCGGGGCGCCCCGGAGCCCCCCCGCGCCCCCAUGUUCGCCUUCUACUCGCUGCUGGUCUACAUCGUGUACGCGCUGCUGCGCCGCGGCCCGCGGCCGCUCCCCCCGCCGCAGGGCCUGGAUGCCUUCUCCGUGGAGCUGCCCAGGAGGCGCAGGCUGUGUGAGGAGCUGUGGCCGGAGCUGCCGGAGCUGGACAGCAGCUCCGAGAGCGACCGAGGCAGUGGCACGGGGGAGGAGGAGGAGGCUGGCCCUGACAGUGGGUUUCUGGAGGAUGCUACCACCCCGCUCACCGAAUUCCUGUCCCUCAAGCGGGAAGCUGCCGAGGGGAAGCUCUGCCCAGUGGACACAGAGGCCUCUGGCGGGAAGCUCCCCGACUCCCCUCUCAUCUCGGUGAUGUCCCACCUCCUCUCCUUCCUGGAGCACUAUGGGCAGAUGCAGCGGCUGCAGGAGCAAGCCAGGGAGUACCGCUCCCGCCUGCGUCGGGAGGAGAGCCGGUGCCGGAAGCAGCUGCGGACGCUGAGGAGGGCCUACAAGCAGCAGGUGCAGGACAAGCUGAGCAUCAUCGAGAGCCUGGAGGGCGUCAUCUGCGAGCAGCAGAACGUCAUGGAGACACUGCAUGGUAAGAAGCCGCCCUCCACUUGCCCCCUGUACCCGUGUCCACCUGUGACCCCCGUGGGCGUGCACCGGCUGGUGGAAUCCAUCAGUGCGCUGCAUGGGGAGAGGAACAAGCUGCUAGAGGAGAUCACAGGCCUGAAGCAGCAGCUGGAAGAGGGGGAGAGGGAGAAGCAGCAGCUGGCAGGGAGCUUCGGCCUGCAGGUCCAAGAGCUGAAGCAGCAGAUUGAGGAGCGAGAGGAGGAGCUGACACGGCUGCGCACAGGGAUGGGGGUGACAGAUUCGGAGAAGCGGAUCCACAACCUGACGAUGGAGAACGAGGGGCUGAAGCAGAGUCUCAGCGUCACCCAGGGGCUCCUGCAGCAGCUGGCGACUGUGUCUGCCCAGCCCUCUGCCACGCUGGCCAAGGAGAAUGAGGGCCUGAGGUCGAGGGUGCAGCACCUGGAGACAUGCCUGCAGCAGAAGCUGGAGGAGCUGGUGCGCCUGGAGGGGCAGGUCAGCGCCCUGCAGUGGCGGAAGGAGCAGGAGGUGUCCAGGCUGGACGAGCGGAUCCAGGAGUUGCAGCGCAUGCUGGAGACCCAGCAGAACCGGCCCCCCGACGUACAGUACGUGACCCAGACGGUGGAGGUGGAGUCCCCCACGACCCUGAGGUCUCUGGUGGAGGCCGAGGAGCGGAACCGGGGGCUGUUGGAGCAGCUCUCCAGCCAGGGGGAGCGGUGCCAGCAGCUGGCCGAGCAGCUGCAAGGCUCGGAGGAGGUGACUGCUGAGCUGCGGCACAAGAUCUCUGCCUACGAGUCCGAAAUCGCCAAGCUGCGGGAGGAGCUGCUGCGAGAGAUCAGCCACCUGGAAGCCCAGAAGGAGGAGGCUGUCAAGGAGGCCUCGGAAAGCUCGGAGCAGCACCUGGAGCACCUCCGCGAGCAGCUGACAGGUGUCCAGAGGCGCCUGGCCAUGCUGCAGCCCCUCCUUAAGGACAUGAAAACCAACUACGCCAGCCUGCGCAGCCAGGUGUGCGACUUCUCCGAGUUCUACGAGGCGGCCAUCCGGGAGGCCAGGAGACAGAUGUGCUUGGCCGUCAGCGAGGCGUCGGAGACCAGCCGGGACCUGCUGCAGAAGUACCAGCAUGAGGUGCUGCUGCGCAAAAAGUACCACUCCCAGCUGGUGGAGCUGAAAGGGAACAUCCGGGUGCUCUGCCGCCUGAAGCCGGUGACGGAGGUGGACCAGCGGGAGGGGGAGGUGAGCACGGCUGUCAGCACGGAGCCCGGCAGCGACAGCAGCGUCACCACCCGCUACAAGGGCAAGGAGAGGACCUUCGAGCUGGACAAGGUCUUCCUGCCAGAGGCCACGCAGGAGGAGGUGUUCCUGGAGAUCGAGCCCCUGGUCCUGUCCUGUCUGGAUGGCUACAACGUGUGUAUCUUUGCCUACGGGCAGACCGGCUCAGGGAAGACGUACACCAUGGAGGGUGUCCCUGAGGACCCUGGCAUAAACCAGCGGGCGCUGCAGGCCCUGUACCAGGAGAUGGAGGCCAGGGCGGGGCUGUGGAAGUACUCGGUGACCCUCAGCAUGGUAGAGAUCUACAACGAGGUGAUCCGGGAUCUGCUUGGGAAGGAGCCGCAGGAGAAGCUGGACAUCAAGCUGAACCCUGACGGGAGUGGGCAGCUCCAUGUGCCGGGCCUGACCAGUGUGGAGGUGCAGGGGCUCCGGGAGAUCCGCAAGAUGCUGUCGCUGGGGAAGAGGAACCGGGCGACCUACUGCACCAACAUGAACGAGCGCAGCUCCCGGUCCCACGCCCUGCUCACCAUCACCAUCACCGGCACCAACUGCAGCACCGGCACCAAGACCUCAGGGAAGCUGAAUCUGGUGGACCUGGCGGGUUCUGAGCGGGUCUGGAAGUCGGGGGCGCAGGGCGAGCGGCUGAAGGAAGCUCAGAGCAUUAACAAGUCCCUGCUGGCCCUGGGGGAGGUGAUCCAGGCCCUCAGAGCCAGGCAGGGCCAUGUGCCUUUCCGCAACUCCAAGCUCACCUACCUGCUGCAGGACUCCCUGGGCAAGGGCAACAAGACUGUAAUGAUGGUGCAGAUCUCGCUACUGGAGAAGAACGCGGGGGAGACCAUGUGUUCCCUGAAGUUUGCCCAGCGCGUCUGCAAGGUGGAGCUGGGCCCAGCUUCCCGCAGGAUCGACUCCUGGGGCCAGAGCGAGCUCUGAGCCCGUCCCUGUGCCCAAGACGCAGGCAGCAACCCCACCUGUCUCCAGUCGUGGCAGAGCAAGGGGGCACCAGGACAGGGUAGGCAGGGGCUGUCAGCUGGGAGGGAGCAAUCACCUCCAACAGCCAGCACACCCACGGGGGUGUCUGGUCCUAGAAACCAGGCUGCCGGUGGAGCCCUGCCCCCCGAGCCCAGCAACAGGGCAGAGAAGGAAAGGCCUGGCCUAGGGUGACCAUGCUAGGCUGGUUCCCUCUGCCCACCAGCGGGGACCCCGGCAGUGUCCCCAGCUCACACCCCCCACCCUGGGCAAGGGGCUGGGCUAUGAUUUGCUCCAGCAAGGGGGGGUCUCUUGGCCAGGCACACGCCUGAGCAGGGCCACUCUGGGCCCAUUGUGACUAGGUGAUGUGCCCCCCCCCCCAUUACCCCUGUAGUACAGGUCGCCCAGCCCCCCAUGCAGCCCUUGCCCUGGGCGAAUGAAGGCUUGGCCCAGGGGAGGGGGUCCUGGGUCUCCCCUCUCUGAGGAAGGCUGUAUGGGACAAAGGGCUCCCACCCCGAAACUGUUAUUGUAGGGCCUAUCAUAAUGGCCAGGCAUGCUCCCUCCGUGCUAACACGGAGCAGUCGCCCUGCUCUCUGAAUGGGUGAACAGGGGGCCUUGCCCCUGCCCCACAGCAGUGCUCCCAUGCACUGCCUGACAAUUGCUGAGCAGCCGCUGCCUUGAACAGUCAUGCACUCUCCUCCGCACAUGCAUGUCCGAAUGCACAUGCAAAGCCAGGCACAUGUGCCCUACAUCCCCCUGGCCACCCACUUGGGGGGAGAUCACGGAGGAAUCCUCUUCCCCUCCCCUUUCCUCGAACCUGAGCUCUGGGCCAGAAGUUCAUUAGUGCCAUAGCCUGGAGGGAGGCAUCCUCAUGCCCAUGCUGCUGGCCACCUCCACAGCACCCCCUGCUGGAAAAACUAGGAGCCGCCCCCCCACCAGUGCUGCCCCAUUCCCUGCUGGAGUAGCUGGGCACUGGACUCCCAGCCAGUGCUCCUGCCCCACUGCCUGCUGGGAGAGGUCCUUCAUGCCCUGUCCCCAGGUCUGCAUCCAAUGGGGCAGAGGGGCUGCUAGGGGAGGGAUGGGGCCCCCAGGCUCUAUUUCUGCUACUUGAGCCCCAUUCCUGCUGGACGCUUGCAGGGGUA